AUGAUUACUUCCAAAGAGCUUUUAAACAAACGUUUCAAAAGUGAACAUUCACAAGAUUAUCAUAAACAUUCAAAAGUAGGCGCGACCGCUAACUUUAGAGGUACAGAUGUAGAGGUGGUGGGUAUAAAACUGUUAGAUUGUCGGACAUGUCGCACACAAUCCCACAUCAGCCAUGAGAAGCGCGGUGACUAUCCACGUCCCCAACAAAUUUACCAUCAACCUAUUCCUACCUACAGUCAGCCUCAAGCACAACCCUCAUUUACGUAUGCUCCUCAAUUUCCUGUGGAGCCAAUACGACCUCUCCCAGCUUUUGUAGCACCUCAGCAAUAUUCCCCAAUAACACAGCAAUUCAGCUCAGGUCAAGGUUAUGCAUAUCAACAACCACAAUCGUCAUCAUUUGUAUCCCAGUUACCUUUACAGUCCCAAUCCUUUAGCAACUUCCCCGCCUCGUCCCUCUCCAGUUAUCAAGCCGACUCGAACCAAUACAACACAGCUGCCCAGAGCCAAACGCACAGUGAAGUCCUCGAUUCAACAGUGGUUAACCGUGUGCAGAACAUAAUCAAAGACAAUGAGCAUACGUCUGCGAAAGAAGCAGGAUUAUUGUCUCUAGUAUCCGGUGUGUCUUUGGAGAAUGCUAGACCGAGCGUAGAAAUAACAUCGUUUGUGCAGAAUUCGGCUGCACCGAAUAGAGUUAUUGAUACAUCAUCGUAUUCAUCCAGUUCUUCAUCUUCUGCUGGUGCAUCUAGCCCGUCAGCCAGUCUCCUGCCUUCAUUUACUUCAAACAUUCAACCACAACAAAGCACAGGUGCAAUUAGUUUAAGUUUCUUGCCUCACACACAACCAGCCACUUCUUAUGGCCCACCGAAUUAA